CAAGAUGGCGAAUCGUACGGUAAAGGACGCUCACAGCAUCCACGGCACCAAUCCGCAGUACCUGGUGGAAAAGAUCAUCCGGACUCGAAUUUAUGAGUCCAAGUACUGGAAGGAGGAGUGCUUCGGGCUCACAGCUGAGCUUGUUGUGGAUAAAGCCAUGGAAUUGAGGUUCGUGGGUGGCGUGUAUGGUGGCAACAUCAAGCCAACUCCUUUCCUGUGCCUGACCUUGAAGAUGUUACAAAUACAGCCGGAGAAGGAUAUCAUAGUAGAAUUCAUUAAAAAUGAGGAUUUCAAAUAUGUCCGCAUGUUGGGGGCCCUGUACAUGAGGCUGACGGGCACUGCCAUUGACUGCUAUAAGUAUUUAGAACCUCUAUACAAUGACUAUCGGAAAAUUAAGAGCCAGAACCGAAAUGGAGAAUUUGAAUUGAUGCACGUGGAUGAAUUUAUUGAUGAGCUACUACACAGUGAGCGGGUUUGUGACAUCAUCCUGCCCCGGCUUCAGAAGCGCUAUGUGCUGGAAGAAGCUGAGCAGCUAGAGCCCCGAGUCAGUGCCCUGGAGGAGGACAUGGAUGAUGUGGAGUCCAGUGAGGAAGAAGAAGAGGACGAUGAUGACAAGCUGGAGAGGGCCCCAUCCCCAGAUCACCGUCGGCGAAGUUACCGAGACCUGGACAAGCCCCGUCGCUCCCCAACGCUGCGCUACAGGCGAAGCCGGAGCCGAUCUCCCCGGAGACGCAGCCGGUCUCCCAAAAGGAGGAGUCCCUCCCCCCGUCGAGAAAGACAUCGCAGCAAGAGCCCAAGACGCCACAGGAGCCGAUCCCGAGAACGGCGCCACCGCUCGCGAUCCAAAUCUCCAGGCCAUCAUCGGAGCCACAGACACAGGAGCCACUCAAAGUCGCCUGAAAGGUCGAAGAAAAGCCACAAGAAGAGCCGGCGGGGGAAUGAGUAGGGGAUGCCCGUCUGCUUGCCAGUAUCCUGGGCUCCGAAGGCACAGCCUCGAGGCCAGCCUGGCCUGGCCUCACCACCCCUGUGGCAGCUGCCUUUGUGUCUUCUGCAGCUCUUUCUGCCCCUGCCCUGGUUUUUAUGACCUUUUUUUAACUGGCCUAAGCCGAGCCGUGUUGAGUUUUUGUGACGUGGACUUUGGAUCCUUCCCCAUUUGUCUGGGGGGAGGAUCAGGAUGUUUCGCCCUAAGGGCUGCCAUGACUCCUUUUGUACCCCAUUUUCUUUUUCUGAUCACGAGGUUUAUCUGCAGACAGUAAACUGUGAUCACCUGUAGGGAGUGAUGUCCCUGCCCUUUCCUUUUGUAAUCUGUCGUAAGCGUCACGUAGCCUGUUUGGCAGCCUCUGCUGCGAUGCCACUGGCCACCCCUCUCUUGGGGCACACAGACCGGCCCCUUGUUUUGCUAGCAGUGGAAAGGAUCCUGGGUUGGGAUUCAGCAGGCUGGACCUUGAAUUCUGGCCGCCUGACCUGGGCUAGGUUCUUGGAGGAGAAAUUCUCCUCCGUAGGAUUCAGGAAGUUGGACUCUCCUGACUGGAGGUUCCUCUCUAGCUCAGCGUUCUGCAACAACAGUCCGGCGGCCCAGCCUUACUCAUCCAGCAGCAUCUUUGGGUGCCUUCGGGCCCGAGAUGGUCCCGCCACCACAGACUUAGGGGGCUCGUGGACUCCUUACAGUAAAGUAGCAAAAGAACAGCUUAUGGGCGAUGUAAUCUCAUGUCAGGGUGAAUGAGUGCGAUCCUGUUUAUAAAGUAUAUUAGCACCCACUCUGUGCGGAGGCCCUUGUUCAGGGCACACACACGAACAGGUCAGGUUUCAUUCCUCGAGGUGUUCAGCCGUCUAGAUGGCCUUGGCAGAAUGUUAGGGAGGUGGCGUGUCUACAGAGUACACACCAGCAGCUCUAGGCAGCCAGGGUGGGAGCUGGCAGCACCAGAGCCAGCCUUGCCCAGGAGGGCGGGGAGAACAGUUUAGCAUGAGCACGAAGAGGCAGGCUACAUUUCCAAGGCAUCCAGUAAGUCAGUUUUUUGUGUUUGAAAGUAAGGAAAGGAAGCCACAUGGAAGGCCUUGAACGCUAACCCUAGGCUUUCACAUAGGGCGUGACAGUCGUUUUCAUUGAUUUCAUUGGGGCUUUAGGAUGAUUAACAUGGCAGUGUGGGGCAGGUGAACUCCAGGGCGGAGUACUGGAGCUCUCCGUUGUUGAAUAAAAUUAUUUUCAGAACUAAAGUUAUUAAUGAGUCAGCUUAGUCAGUCAGCACAGUACUUAGCUAUUUGGAAAGAGCAUUUGGUAGAACAGACGUUUCUUGGCUUUCCUCGACUAAGCCCUUUUGACAGUUUGAUGAAGCCGGCACACAGACCCUUUCUCAGAAUAAUGGUUGUAAAUACAUAGGAUUGAUCUGGGAACCAGGUUUAUUGAAAUAAGGAUGUGUUGCUAGCAUGUACAGCAACAGCUAUGGUUAGGUGGGAAAACCAAAGCAAGCAGAAAUUGGAUCCGGUGCCCUGUGGAUUUCUGCCAUAGGUGCUUUCUUCUACUUUCUUGGAUAUCUGGCCAAACCUACGAGGCGAGCCUUGGCCCAGGUAUCUAACACACUGGAGAUCCCUGAUUGGACUCCAUUGAAGGCUCCAAAAAGAUAUCUCCAGACUCAAAUACUGGGCCAAAUCUAUUCAGAGGAGAUUCAGCAGGAAUAAAUGCAAAGUUCUACUUCGAUGUUGCUUUCAGUCAUAUCUGACUCUCUGUGACUCUUUUUGGAGUUUUCUUGGCCAUUUCCUUUUCCAGCUCAUUUGACAGAUGAGGAAACUGAGGCAAACAAGGUAAGUGGCUUUCCCAGGCUCACACAGCUGGGAAGUGGCUGAAUUUAAGUACUGCACGUGGGUUCAGGAAAUCAAAUUCCAAGUGUGAGAUAAGAGAUGUGGCUGGGCAGAAAAUCAUUGAGAACUCUGGGGAUUGGGGAGGAAGGGUCCAGAGGGCUGCAAGUUCAGUGGGAAUCAGUAGUGUGAUAUGGCAGCUUUAGGAUACCUUGGGGGAGGCAUCCUGACCAGGGCUAGUGAGCCCCUUGAGGGUAGGAAUGGACGAUUUUUUUGUACCCCCAGCGCUCAGCACAAUAAGGUUUGCUGAGAGACUGGAUUCAGCCCCAAUCAGGCCACACCUGGAAUAUUGUGCUGUCCUCCAGGAGCCACAUUUUGUCCAGAGUGUUGCAGCCGGGACAGUGCAGGGCUUCAAGGUUGGGCCAUAAAGAUUAUGUAAAGGAAUAGCAAUCAAUAUGAUGAAUUCAUGUUAAGCAUCUCAAAGUACAGGGUGGGGGAUACCAAGGUAAGCAAAAGCCUGGUUUCUGCUCUCUAGGCAUUCCCAUUCUAGUGGUGGAAACAACAUGUACGUAGAGACAUACGUGAUAUGUGACACCGAAUGGAUGGAAAGUACUCAAAAGGGAAGGAAUUAGGUGGGAAGUCUUCAAGGAGGCCGACCAUUCUGUGUGGAGAUCAGCUGUCGCCAACUCUAGGAAGGCCAGAAAGGUGGCUAGGGCUCUGCAUGCCAAACUUACCUCAAAGGCAUUAGGGAGCUGCUGCAGUUCAUCAAGUGGCCUGCGGAAGGAUAAUGUCAGACCAGGCUUUAGAAGAGUCGCUGUGGCAGAUGAGUGUAAGAUGGAUUGUUGAGAGUGAUGGAUGGCAUUAAGGAUGGCACCAGGUUGGGAACCAGCUGGCUGGAAUGCUCAACUUUAGAAGGGAGGAGGGCUUAAUGGGGGAUGGACCAAUGAGUUCAGGUUUGGGAUGCCAGUCAGCCGGAGACUGCUAAGUAGAGCUCUAUAUAUUAACAAUUGAGCCACUGAAAUCACUGAGAUUAUUUAAAGUGAAAAGAGGACGGGGCCCAUGUCAGCUUUGGGGGGCCCCCACAGUUAAAAGGAAUAAUAGAAGCAGGGAAACUGAUGGGCAGGCAAACCAGCAGAGGUAAGGAUGGGUAUCUAGAUUAAGUGUCAGAUGCUGCAUGGGUCGUGAGGAGGACUUGAUUUGGUGAUCAAGACACCCUCAGUUCCAGCUGAACGAAGUGGGGUGAAGGCUUCAAGUGGAGAUGGCUUUUUCAAGAAGGGAAGAGAGAUAGGACAAAAGCUAGAAGAUGGGUGGUAGGAUUAGGGGAUGGUUUUUAAGGAUGGGUGAGACAUGGGGAUGUAUGGAAUGAGCAGAGAAGGCACCAUCUUGGAGGGAGAGUGGAGAUGCUAAAGGGGCCAAUCUGCUGGAGAGGGCAGGAUGUAAUAGGAUCAUUACUGCAAGUGGAGGGGUUAGUCUAGGCGAGGAGUAGAGUAAAGCAGAUAAUGGAAGGAGAUGGUUUAGUAAUGUGAGAUGAGGAACGGGCAAAGAACUUUCCAUGAAUAGUCUCACAUUUUUUAAAGAUAUGCUUGAAAAGCUGUCAUGUGGUCAAGGAACUAGACUUUCUAUUUGGCCCCAAAAUGUAGGACUGCGCAAUGGGCAGAAUUUGCAAAAAGGCAGAUUUAGGGUGGAUGAUGUAAGGCAAAGACUCCAGGAGAGGCCAGUGGCUUGAUGAGGAUGUUGUCAAGGGGCUUCUUGUGCAGUCCGAGUUGGCUAGCUGGCCCCCCAGGACUCUUCCCACUCGGGGAUUCUGAUGCCAUCCACCCAGUAUUUAACUAAAUAGUCCAAAACAGUAGCUAAAGCUCUUGCCUUGAGGCUCAUGGUCUCAAUAAGGCCAGAGGGCAUUGGGUUUAGAUCCUUCAUGGUCACCAAACUAGAAUUGCAGAAUUUGGCGUUGGUAGAGACCAAGAAAAGAUCACCAUCCAACUUUCUCACAGAUGAGGAAACUGAAGCCAGAAGUUUUAUCUGUAUUAUCUAUACAGAAUAAGUCCUGGGAAUAAAUCCAGGAUGACACGGCCACUUGUUUACCCAGAGUGCCUCCUUCCUUCUAGGGGCAUUGAGACCAAGCCAGAUUUUGUAGUUGAUGGGUAAUGUCUCGAGACCUUGAUCGAGGUCCGCCAAACUAACAGACAAACCCUGUGCUCUGCCGUGAGCCUGAUGCCAGUGCCAUGACAGGGAGAUCACUGUUCCUCUUCUGGUAGAUUGCCUCUGUGCUCAUUAACACUACGCCUGUUACCCAGAGGCAGCUUGGAAGCCUCACAAACUAGUUUUUCCAAACUAGCAGCCAGGCUCUCCACACCUCCCCAACCCAGAGGUGGAAAUGAAGGCACUUCAGUCAUGAAACCUCGUCUAAGCUACAAACGUUCCACAAUGUUGUCCUCUUAGGGAUAAGUAAAAGCAGAAUCCUAUGCAUCCUAUGCUUCGGGACAGAGCACUGGUAUGGGCACAGUAGAUGACAGUAUUAGACUGGGAGUCAGGGAGACCUGAAUUCAAUUCCUACUUCAAACAGCUGUGAGAUAGGACCUGAUUUCUGCCUCAGUUUUCUCAUCUAUAAAAAUAAUAGUAGCACCUACCUUUCAAGGUGGUUGUGAAGACAAAUGAGGUAAACAGGCAACAUGCCUUGCAAACUUUUAAACUUGUAAAACUAUUUUUAUAAACAUAGUAAGAAAGUUCUUUAGGGACAAUAGUGACGGUCAUUUCCCUUCCCUCCGCUAAGAUGUUGGAGUUUUUGCAGGGACACAGAUUCUUUCCACCUCAAUCUCUGGGGUUAGGUCAGGCAUUGAGGACCGAGGGAAAAACAUGAAAGGGCACUGUGAUGCAAUUGGCAUCGAGAGGCUCUGGGUUCAAAUCUCACCCCGUCCCGUUCCCCCCCACUUGCAGUGCCCCAGGCAGCUCUCUUCACACCAGGGCAGCAUCACCAGCCAGCAGUACCUCAUCCCAAAUCACAGGAUCACCUUUUUAUCUGAAAUCUUUACUCUGGCAAACACCUUGGCAGAGGGUGGCCAGGACAUGCUCCCCCUUUCCGAUGAAGCAAAAGCCUGAAGCAAAGAACCCGAGAAAUUAUUGACCAAGGAGAAAACUUGGCCCUGAGAAGUAGGCCAUCACAAAGGAAGGGACAACAGUUGAGAUUUGAACUCGGGUCCUCUGACUCCAAACCCACUGUUUUUCCAGUUAUUUCCAGAAUUCCUAUGGUUUUUUUCUCUUCAAAGAGCCAGGGACUGAAGAUAAAGCAAAGGGUUGAGCUCUCCUUCCAUGACCUAACCCUAAUUAGUGGGGCUCAAGAAGGAAGAGGACCAAAAUGGAAUUUCUCCAGAUCCAGCAAACUGACUUUCUCCCUUUGAAGUUUCAAUCGAUAACUAUCGAGAAGAAAAAAACCUGGACUCCUGUUGUUGCAAUUUUGUUUUAUUUUUUUUCCUUUUAAAAAGUUUUUGGCACUACAUAGUUCUGUAAAGAAUAGAAGUGACAAAUUUUAAAACACAUGAAAUCCCUUCCUAAUUCUUAUUUUUAAGAACAAUAUAUAUAAAGUCUGAAGCAACCAAAGUAUGAAUACAGCUAAUAGAAAAUAAAGAACUUAAUUUUUUUUUAAA